AUGACAACCAUCCCCAGACCUGACGGCGAAACCGUCCACAACCUCCUCAAGAACCGCGUAGCCAUCGUGACCGGUGCAGCUCGUGGCAUUGGCUUUGCAACUGCAUCUCUUCUCGCACAACAUGGCGCUCGCGUGGUCCUGGUAGACUUGCACGAGGAUGCCCUGAAGACGGCGUGUGCAACUAUCGGCAAUGGAGCGACGUAUAAAGCCUGUGAUGUGAGCGAUUGGAAUCAGCAGGUAGCGCUUUUCGAUCAUGUCGGGAAGACUCUUGGUGAUGUCUAUUUGCUGGUCUGUAAUGCGGCUAUCAACCCCGAGAUUACACUGUUGCAGACUUCCGAUACAGAGAAGCAGGCGCAAAUGGCUUCGCAGGUUCGCUAUUAUUAUCUCUCCGACGAGGUUGAUGGUCAAGAAGAGAGCAAAGGUCAACUCCAACGACCCUCGACUCAAGCUUUCGAUGUGAAUGUCAAUUCCGUGGUCUUUGGCCUGAAACUGGGUAUUCAUCAUAUGAAAAAGACCGGCCGAGGGCGAAUCGUCAUCGUUGGGUCUGCAGGCUCUUACGUCCCCGUUUCAUCGCAGCCACUUUACACCGCUAGCAAACACGCGGUUCUCGGCCUUGCCCGUAGUACUGCGCAGAUCAGCGAAGUCAUUGAGGCGGGGGUGUCUAUUUCGUGGAUUGCCCCGUGGUUGACGUUGACUCCCAUGGUGGAGGGUCUCCAGGCGACUACUCACCCCGACACAUUGAAAAGUACGCCGGACGAUGCAGCGUGGGCGAUUAUUGUGGCUGCCACUGCGGAGGAUGGUAAUGGAAAAGGAUACUGGAUUCAGGGACGGAUGAUUAGUGAGGUUGAGGGUGCAUAUGGAGAGUUGGCGGGGCAGUUGAUUGUUCCGGAGAAUCGGUUUUAG